UAAGCUAGCAAUCAAUUUUAAUUAAAAAAAAUGACACUUAUUCCAACAACCAUUCAACAUUUUACUCACAAACAACAUCCACUAAUACUACAUGAUGAUACCAUAAACCCUAAAUAUUUAUGUGAGGGUUGCAUGACUUAUGGUUUUGGUACAAGAUAUCAUUGCCAUGCUUGCACCUUUAAUCUACAUGAAGAUUGUGCAAAGUGUACGCGAAUUCUAUCGUCUUUCAUGCAUCCUCACCACCCACUCAGGCUUGUUGAGCGCGAUCACCACUCAGGUGAUCGCGCUUGCAACAUAUGUCGUGACCUAAUUGAAGGCCUAUCUUAUAGGUGUGAGCUUUGUGGAUUUGAUGUUCAUCCUAUAUGUACUCAAUUGCCGGAAACACUCAACCAUAUUCUACAUCAGGUGCAUCCUUUAAGGCUAUUGGGCUCGAUCGAACCAGGAAUUACGUGUGCCGUUUGUAGAGGAGCAUGUAACCCUUCUUCAUGGCGUUAUAGGUGUGCACUAUGUAAAUUUGAUAUUCAUAUAGGUUGCGUGCCAAUACAAUGUCAAAAUACAACGACCCAUCGAGGAAUUCCUACGUACGUUCCACCGUCUAUAUUACCUCAACAACAUUAUUUUGUUGGUUAUCCUAGUCCCAAUCAUUUUCCUGGUCCAUCUAAUAUGAACCAUUUAAACUACAAUAUUAUGCCACAAUAUCCACAACUAUACCAACAAAAUCAAGGUCAUGGGCAGGCACAAACUCAUUAUAACUACAAUAUUAUGCCACAAUAUCCACAACUAUACCAACAACAUCAAGGUCAUGGGCAGGCCCAAACUCAUUAUAGUGAAAAUUAUGGUGGACGAAUUAGUCAAGUGAUGUUUAAAUUGGUGAAAACAAUUGCGAUUGGGGUGAUUUCCAAUGUCAUGUUUGGGGUGGAUGUGUCUCCAUUUUUUGGAUCUGUCAUCUUGCCUUUUGAGGUCCCAAUAUUUUUUCAACUACAAGUUCUUACUUGUGUUUAUUUUAUUUUUCAAGAAAUGGCACCGAUCCACAAGAACCCAAUCCAACAAUUGAUACACCCAAACCAUUCAUUAACAUUAUUUGAUUCCAACACCAAAUAUGUAUGUGAUGGUUGCAAAAUCCUUGGCAUAGGUAAAAGAUUUAACUGCCAUGAAUGUGAUUUCAAUCUACACGAAUAUUGUGGAACAUGUCCAAUGAAUCUUUCCUCGUUCUUACAUCCUUUCCAUUCGCUCAAGCUCGUUACCCGCAUGCCACAUGGCAAUAGUCAAUUGGACCGCGUCUGCAAUGUUUGUUGUGAUUCUAUUGAAGGGUUGUUUUAUAGGUGUGAGCUUUGUGAAUUUGAUGUCCACCCUCUAUGUACUCUAUUGCCUCAAACACUUCAACAUGUCUUACAUCAGGUGCAUCCUUUAAGGCUUCUAAGCUCGUCAGAAUCAAAAACAUGUGUUAUUUGUAAAGGAGCAUGUAACGCUUCUUCAUGGCGUUAUAGGUGUGCACUAUGUGAAUUUGAUAUCCAUAUGGAAUGUAUAUUGGUACAAUGUGAAAAGAAAAGAACAUGGCUAGGAAUCUCCAAGUAUGUUCCACCAUCGAUAUUUCCUAAGACGCAAUAUUUUGAUGGUCAUGCUUAUGAAAUUCCAUAUUCGAAUCAUAAUCAUAACAACAUGCCGGUUCAGGGUGAUCAUGGUAGAGCUGGUAGAAUAAUUGGAAAAAUUAUUAUAUUUAUACUAGUGAAAGCAGUCACUACUGCGAUUCUUGGAAUGUGAAAUCUAUUUUAAAUAUGAAUUUGACCCGUAUAUUGUAUGUCUGUAAGUAAAAAAUAAUCUUCUCAAUUGAUUUCUUAUACUUAUUUGUACAUCCAUA